UUCUAGGUUGUGUUUUUCACCUCUCGCCAAUGCUAAUGCGCAUUUCCCAAAAGUGCUCUAUGAUGUAUAACAUGUAGUUUUUAAUUAAAUUUAAUUUUUCUUCAGAGGUGGUUUGAUUUGGAGAUAUGCUACGAGGUACCAGUCAGUAGCCUGAGUUGUAACUAAACAAAGUUUGGGAAAUCACCGAUUUUAGGUGCUUUACUAAAUGAAAGGUGCCAUUGAAGUACUCAAGCAGGCAACAAGUAGUUGGUGAUCCCUUACUGAUUCUAAGCUGGUGCUGUGUAGGAUAUAAGAGAAUUAUUUUAAAAAUCUCUACUUCGAAGGGCUGUAUAAUCUAGUAGUCGUGAUAAGAAGUAAAAUUUAGGAAGCAGUGCAAGAUGAGAAUUCAGUGAUGAGUGGGGAGCACAGGCUUGAAGAGUUCUGUGAAUUCCGUGCAGGUAGUCUGGGGGCAAACUGGAGUCGUCCGGAAGAUCUGGGCUUUGGAAGGAUGCGAAGUAUUGGUAGAAGAAGAAGGGGAAGGUGAUUUCAGACUAGGAGGACCUUGUGGACAAAGGCACAAAGGCAAGGCUGACGUGGAGAUGAUAAGGCCAGUUGAAGAGACACUGGAGAAGAGAAGAUAGUUUGUUUUACACAUUGCAGGAAAUCAGAUUAGACGGUUAGGGUGUGGAUGCAAAAGGGAGGACCUUGCAGGCACUGGGGAGAAGUGACCCCAUUCAAUAGUCACUGGUCUCCCUCUGCCCUGGGCUGCGCCUCCUCGGCUCUCACGGCACUAGCAGAAUUCCAUGUGAGAGGAAGCUUGUCGAGUGUGGCCUCUUCCCACUGGGGCUGCUUUCUGCAUCCGUACACCUGACUGUGGGCCUCCAUUUGCCGUCUACUGUCUUCCCUUAGGACAUCAUUUACGCAGAGAAAGGUUCGUGUGGCUCGGGGUACAGUUUCCAAGGUGGCUAGAUCCAUCAGAAACUGAAGCCGCGGAGAACGCUCUCAGGGGCCUUUGCCACUUCUUGGAGUAGAAGCCGACAGAGACCUGUUUGGAAACAUCUCCUUCACACACCAGUUGAAGACUGGGCUUUGGAGGUUUUCAAAGUAGACAGUGCUUGGAUGGGCGGGGAGAAGUAACAUUCUGCAAAUCGCCGUCAGAGGUCCUGAGGACACAGACCUACCUGGCUUGCCUUCCCCUUGCUGAAUGGCGUGUGCUGCAGCCGCCCACUGAGGGCUCUUUUCCCUGGGAUUCUGGACUUGCGAGUAGGACAGCAGGCUGGGAAGAUGCUGAGUUCCAUCAAGUGUGUGUUGGUGGGCGACUCUGCUGUGGGGAAAACCUCUCUGCUGGUGCGCUUCACCUCUGAGACCUUCCCGGAGGCCUACAAGCCCACAGUGUACGAGAACACGGGGGUGGACGUCUUCAUGGAUGGCAUCCAGAUCAGCCUGGGCCUCUGGGACACAGCCGGCAACGAUGCCUUCAGAAGCAUCCGGCCCCUGUCCUACCAGCAGGCAGACGUGGUGCUGAUGUGCUACUCUGUGGCCAACCAUAACUCAUUCCUGAACUUGAAAAACAAGUGGAUUGGUGAAAUCAGGAGCAACUUGCCCUGUACCCCUGUGCUGGUGGUGGCCACCCAGACUGACCAGCGGGAGAUGGGGCCCCACAGGGCCUCCUGCAUCAAUGCCAUGGAAGGGAAGAAACUGGCCCAGGAUGUCAGAGCCAAGGGUUACCUGGAGUGCUCAGCCCUUAGCAACCGGGGGGUACAGCAGGUGUUUGAGUGCGCAGUCCGAACUGCCGUCAACCAGGCCAGGAGACGAAACAGAAGAAGACUCUUCUCCAUCAACGAGUGCAAGAUCUUCUGAACCCCAAGAGACUUCACACAACACUUAUGUAUGCACCCCAAAGACUAAUGGGGAGAGGGAGGGCCGGGAAGCCAGGAAAGCUUGGUGUUUUCUCUGGGUACUCCCCAAGCAGUGUCUGCUUUAGGAUACAGUUAUUGAUGAGGCCUGGCCACUGGAUGUUUUCACUAACUACACUCUACAAGUGAACUCCUUGCCUGGGCCGGUCAGAAAAUCCCUUGGGGAACUGUAAUGACUAUUCCAUUUUUGAUUAAAAUAGUGAAAUAGUCUCCAUCAUUUUGGACGAUGAAGUGAGUUUUUCAAAGAAUUCCAUAUUUAAAGACACAUUUUAUUUAACUAAUAACAAAAUGGAUUGCUUUUGUAUAUAUUUAGUUUUCACACUCGGAAAAUCUUCUCCUACAUCCUCGAAAACAUAACCUCCCGUGUGAGUGAAAUACCUGUACGGAGCUCUGCCAUAUGCUUGUGGUGUUAUUAUUUUCACCUCAAGUAGAAAGUCUGUUGAAACCACUUGGCUGCUGGAUUUAAAUGGGUAAUCAAAUGUAAAAAUGACCAUAAAUGAAUCUUUGCAAUUUGUUUUCUACCUACCUGUUAUUCAGAGUUGGAUAUAAAAUACAGUUCCAUAGGAUAUCCUAA